AAUAUUCAUCCAAUAACUUAAUUUCAUUUUCUAAGUAUACAAAGAAAAUCCCUAAAAUCAAGAAAAAUGGCAAACCAAGGUCACCCCAACAACACCUUCAAUGCUGGACAAGAUAUGAAUCAAGCUCAGAUGACAAGGAAUGAACCAUCUGAUAUCCAUAGCCAAGCCCAAGCCACCAACUUCUUUCAAGAGACCGGUACAAACGUUAAGAACAUGGCACACAGUGCGGUGAACAUAGCCGAGGGAGCUGUAACUGGAGCGGCUAACGUGGCCCACGGGGCGGCAGAUGUGCUCAAAAAUACUCUAGGGAUGAAUUCUUCAGGCGGCACCACCACCACGAAUCAUUCCGGUGGAACCACUAAUUAUCCAAGCAGCACUAACCAUCCAAGCAACCCUAGCUAAUAAUACCAGGAUUUGAAAUAACUUCAUGAAUUGUUUUGUGUUCUUUUCUUGCAAUUUAUUUUCUAAUUACCCUUUUUUUUUUUUUUUUUUUUUGCAUUGUCCGAAUAAGAGAGAAUAUUGAGUUAUUUUUUUAUAUUUAUCAUGUUACAUUUAAACUAUUUGAAAAAUAAAAAUUUUCGAAAAAUACAAGUAAUUGCUAGCUU